AGUAAAUUUCCUCGAAAGCACCGUUUUGAAAACCUAAAGUAACAAGAUAGCCCUAGAUAAUGUGAAGCUUGAUGUAUUUUAGAAAUAGUGUAAUCGUGUAACGAAUUCGUUAAUUAUUUACUGUUAUUUUUAUUUUCAGUAUUUUUUAUCUACUUGUAUUCUCCACGAUUUUUAAGGAUCCAACUUUCUAAAUUAAAAAAUUUGUCAGUCUGCAAAAGGAGUCAUGUGUGCGUGCAGAAACGCGGCUUGUCCGUCGCGCUGCAUACCACGUGACCACGUCAUGUGACAGACAUAGUUUUGGCGCAACAUUAGCAACAUGGCGGCUCUGGCUGGCGAAGUGCGAUGAGUCCUUGGAGCCGACUACUUGCCGUGUUCCGCGCGUCGUCCGAACAGCUAACGAAAAGAUGCCCGUUGACAUUAAUCGAUUGACCGAGGGUUGGCUAGAGUUAGAGAGCGACCCGGGCCUGUUCACGUUGCUCCUGGAGGACUUCGGCGUGAAGGGCGUCCAGGUGGAGGAGAUCUACGACCUGCAGAAGUCCCUGGAAGGCCCGGUCUAUGGUUUCAUCUUCCUGUUUCGAUGGAUCGAGGAGCGGCGAUCCAGGCGAAAGGUCGUGGAGCAGGAUGAAAGCUUUGUCAAGGACGAGGAGAUCGUUAACAAUAUCUUCUUCGCGCAGCAGGUUGUCCCCAACAGCUGCGCCACUCACGCAUUACUCUCGGUCCUGCUGAACUGCCCGAACAUCCACUUGGGCACGACGCUGUCGCGGCUGAAGAUGCACACCUCCGGCAUGUGCCCGGAGAACAAGGGCUGGGCGAUUGGCAACACGCCGGAGCUGGCCUGCGCGCACAACUCGCACGCGAUGCCGCAGGCGAAGAGGCGGCAGGACAAGAACACAGGCGUCUCGACCGGCAGAUUCACCGGCGAGGCGUUCCACUUCGUCAGCUACGUGCCGAUAAACGGUAGACUCUUCGAGCUCGACGGCCUGAAACCGUAUCCCAUGGAUCACGGGCCAUGGAAGGAGCACGAGGAGUGGACGGAGCAAUUCAGGCGCGUGAUAACCGAUCGCCUGGGCAUGGCGACCGGCGAGCAGCUGCAGGACAUUAGGUUCAAUCUGAUGGCCGUCGUGCCCGACCGACGUCUCGCCAUCUCGCACAAGCUGACGAUGCUGAAGACCAACCGGCAGAUAGUUCUGGAGGCUCUGCAGCAGUUGAUGAAGCUGAGCCAUCAGGAUGGCGGCAACGCCGAGAAGAAUUCGCACAAAGAGAUCGAUCCCGAUAAGGAGAAGCAGGCGUACGAGAAGAGAGGCAAGACCGAGGACGAGAACGGAUUGCCCACCAAGACGGAGAUCGAAGAAUCGCCUGCGAUUCCCACUAUCAACGUUGAAAGAAACAAUGAUUCGGCGGUGGUUAUGGACGAAUCGGUCACCGGCAUCGCGUCUGGGAAAACGGAAUCCACCGGAAUGGAGAAAGUGGUGAUGUGCGCUCUGGAUUACGCCACGCCGUUGCGGAUUCAGACCUCGCCGGCUCACAGCUCGUCGAGCACAGACACGUCGUCGGAAAUCGGAUCGGCCUUCAACUCGCCCACUCAAGCUUGGGGAUGGAACUCCGGCCAGAGCAGCCCCACGUCGACGAAGGACUUCAAGAAGUUUGUGGUAAUUAGAGUUGCCGGCGACGAGAAGAACGAGGCGGGCCUGAGCCGUUCGCUGGGAAAUAUCAACAUAAAUGGGAAGAGAUUGGUCUCCGACAGCGGUCACUUGCACAAGAAGGUCUGCCUGUCAGGCGAAGUUCGAAUUCCCCAUGCGCGGGUCAAGACCAGCAACGGCGACACAGUCAUCGAGGAGAAGAAGGUCGAGAAAAUCGAUCCCAAGCUCUGCUCCAAGUAUCCGGAAUUAUUUGAGCCGCACACGUUCGCGCCCAAGGACCUCCUGGCGCUGCUGAAAAACCUGGAGCACGAGAUCAGCGUGUGCGAGACCAGCCUGAAGGACGAGAACGACAAGAGAAACAAGUACAAGAUCGACGAUUGCCGGAGGACCCACAAUUACGACGAAUUCAUUUGCACCUUCCUCUCGAUGCUCGCCCAGCAGGGGAAACUGGCGGAGUUGGUCCAGCAGCAUCUAACGUUAAAGAAACACUCGUCCGUUUCAGUGAACAGAGUUCACAGGUCGUCGAAAAAGUCCGACACCCGUCAGAACUCCUCGCGCAGACGCCGCGGUCGGACAAAGUGUAAAAAGCGAAAGUAAUCUCCGACUAGCGUAGGCUUUAAGGCUUUAGGGCAUCAUUCCGUCUGUUCGGAACCUAUUUGGAUUGUUUGCAACGGGCAUCUACAUGAGACACGCAUACUAUGGAAAUCACUUGGUAGUUUUACCAAAAAAAGCACGUAAAUAUCUAUCAUACAUCUAUAUCCAUAUAUCUAUAACAGAGCUAUUCUAAAAAUUGCAAUCUGAAUACUUUGGAGUGAAUUUAAAGUCCGAAACAAAAAGAAAAACAAGUACGAAUGCACAGGUUGUUUGCUUCUCCAAGUAAUUCAUCAAAAUAUUGAAUAUCCUUACCUUUCUAUGUUUAUAUGACUUUUUUUUUCGUCUCUCUCGGCUCCAAAUUUAUUCUCACGGUAAUGACGUCGCCCUGUUCUAGUUUCUGAAUAGUGUCCUUUCAGAUUCAUUGACUUAUCAUUGAUACUGUGUAUUCUGCUCAGCGAGAAAAUACCCAUGAUCUGUGCGGCAGCGGGCAGAGCGUUGCACGUUCCAACCGCUGGCAUUGGCAAUCUAAGCAAUAAUACUCCACGCUGUGUGUGGAGAGGGGCUUUCUAAGUGUUCUGGGGGGAGGGGAGGGGGAAAGACUUGCGUGAAACGAACAAGUUUUCGUUCUAUCCAUGGGUUCUUUCUCGCUGAACAGACUAUAGGCUUUUUUUUUUAGUGUGCAAUGUAUUGUUUAGACGUAGGACUGAUUUUCACUUGAAUGAGUAGACAGUUCUUAUACUGUACAAAAUAUUUUACAAUGUAUACAUAUAUAUUUUUUAUAUUCUUUUUAUAAUCACACGCGCAGUAUUUAAUUAUCGAAAGUAGAUAUAUUUAUGCUUAUCAUAGAUUACUUUCCGAAGACAUAUUCUGUCCGCAUCUUUUCUGAAUUAUAUUUCGUAUAAAAUACAUAUAUAUAACUUA